AUGGGACAGAUAGCUGGUGCACAAAAUACUAGACCACCUGGAGGACUUCCAAGUGAUACGGAUGUGAAUCCCAAGCCUUGUAAUGCUGUGACUCUUCGAAAUGGGAGAGAACUAGAGGAAGUGGCUCCUAAGAAAACCAGUCAAGUAGAAGCUGAAAAAGAGAAGAUUACCGAGGAGAUGAUUGAAGAAGAGAGGGUAGUCAAGGCACCAGUGGCAAAGCAGCCACAGCUCGUGGUUGCAAAGCCACCACCCCCAUUCCCUCAACGUCUGGUACACGUGAAUGUCCUAUUGGUUGAUAUGCUGCAGGGUAUUCCAAAGUAUGCUACGUAUAUCAAAGAUAUUGUUGCAAACAAAAGCCGAUUCACAGAGUUGCCCACUAAAUUGAAAGAUCCCGAAAGUUUCACGAUUGAGAUUUCUAUUGGGAAGCAGGUUGUCGCUCGAGCAUUAUGUGAUCUUGGUGCAAGUAUAAAUCAGAUGCCUUCAUCUAUCUUCAGAAAGCUAGGUUUGGGAGUGCCCAGACCAACCACUAUAGUUCUUCACCUGGCGGACAGAUCAUUAGCAAGACCAGAAGGCAUUAUUGAAGAUGUACUGGUGCAAGUGGGGUCGUUGAUAAUUCCUGCAGACUUCGUGAUUUUGGACUUCGAGCCAGACCCGGAAGUCCCAUUUAUUUUGGGGCGUCCAUUCUUGGCCACAGGGAGAGCACUUAUUGAUGUAGCUGUCGGGCAGCUCACUAUGAGAGUACAUGAUAAAAUUGAGGUCUUCAAUGUGUACCAAGCUCUGAAGAUUCCUGCAAUCUAUGAGGAGUUGUCCGCCAUUAUUGUUCUGAAUGAUGAUACACGAAGGCCACUCAUCACUUCUCAUGAUCCAUUGGAGAGAGCCUUGGUGGGGGGAUGA